AUGAAUGCUGAUACUUCUGGGGACCGCCUGGUCGUCGAGUGGAACAAGACCCAGCAGCGCCAGACCUUCAAGGACCAGAAGAGAGUCUACUACGGAGAUCUCUCGCUGGAGUUCCUCAUGGGACGAGCCCUGGACAAUGCCAUGCUCAAUGUCGGCCUGAAGGACCUCGCCAAAGAUGGGCUGGGCGAUCUCGGGUUCCGCGUCGAGGACAUCAUCAAACAGGAGAACGACGCUGCCCUGGGCAAUGGAGGCCUCGGUCGUCUGGCUGCCUGCUUCCUCGACAGCCUGGCCUCGCUCAAUUACCCGGCCUGGGGCUACGGCUUGCGCUACCGCUACGGCAUCUUCAAGCAAGAGAUCGUCAACGGGUACCAGAUCGAGGUUCCAGACUACUGGCUCGAUUUCAACCCCUGGGAGUUCCCACGCCACGACGUCACCGUCGACAUCCAGUUCUACGGAUGGGUCCGCAAGUACCAGGAUGAGAACGGCAAGACCGUCCACUCAUGGCAGGACGGCGAGAUCGUCCAGGCCGUCGCCUACGAUAUGCCCAUCCCGGGCUACCAGACGCCCACCACAAACAACCUGCGUCUCUGGUCCUCCAAGGCCGCCAGCGGUGAAUUCGACUUCCAGCGCUUCAAUGCCGGAGACUACGAGAGCGCCGUCGCAGACGAGCAGCGUGCCGAGACCAUCUCCGCCGUGCUAUACCCUAACGACAACCUCGACAGGGGUAAGGAGCUGCGUCUGAAGCAGCAGUACUUCUGGUGCGCCGCCUCGCUCUUCGACAUCGUCCGUCGCUACAAGAAGACCAAGCGGCCCUGGAGCGAGUUCUCCGACCAGGUCGCCAUCCAGCUCAAUGAUACCCAUCCUACUUUAGCCAUUGUCGAGCUCCAGCGUAUCCUAGUCGAUGAGGAAGGCCUCGACUGGGACGAGGCCUGGCGUCUCGUCUCCAACACCUUCGGCUAUACCAACCACACCGUCCUCCCCGAGGCACUGGAGAAGUGGUCUGUCCCGCUGAUGCAGAACCUGCUGCCCCGUCACCUCCAGAUCAUCUACGAGAUCAACAUGGCCUUCCUGCAGCACGUCGAGCGCAAGUUCCCCAAGGACCACGACCUGCUCAGCCGCGUCUCCGUCAUCGAAGAGACCCAGCCCAAGAUGGUCCGCAUGGCUCACAUCGCCAUCAUCGGCUCGCACAAGGUCAAUGGCGUCGCCGAACUGCACUCCGACCUCAUCAAGUCCACCAUCUUCAAGGACUUCGUCACCAUCUACGGGCCAGACAAGUUCGGCAACGUCACCAACGGCAUCACCCCUCGCCGCUGGCUGCACCAGGCCAACCGCAGACUCUCAGACCUCAUCGCCUCCAAGCUCGGCGGCCACGAGUUCCUCAAGAACCUCACCUUGCUCGACAAGCUGGAAGGCUUCAUCGACGACAAGGAGUUCAAGACCGAGUGGGCUGCCAUCAAGACCGCUAACAAGGAGCGUCUGGCCAAACACAUCCUCGAAACCACGGGCGUCAAAGUCAACCCCAAGGCCCUGUUCGAUAUCCAGGUCAAGCGUUUCCACGAGUACAAGCGUCAGCAGCUUAACAUCCUGGGUGUCAUCCACCGCUACCUCCGCAUCAAGGCCAUGAGCCCCGAGGAACGCUCCAAGCUGGCCCCUCGUGUCUCCAUCUUCGGUGGCAAGGCUGCUCCAGGAUACUGGAUGGCCAAGACGAUCAUUCACUUGAUCAACAGCGUGGGCGCAGUGGUCAACAACGACCCAGACGUCGGCGACUUGCUCAAAGUCAUCUUCAUCGAAGACUACAACGUCAGCAAGGCCGAAAUCAUCUGUCCUGCCUCCGACAUCAGCGAGCACAUCUCCACCGCCGGCACCGAGGCCAGUGGAACAAGUAACAUGAAAUUCGUCCUUAACGGCGGUCUCAUCAUCGGAACCUGCGACGGUGCCAACAUCGAAAUCACCCGCGAAAUCGGUGAAAACAACAUCUUCCUGUUCGGCAACCUGGCCGAAGACGUCGAGGACCUUCGCCACGCUCACGUCUACAACCCCUCAAGCAUCACCCUUGACCCUUCGCUGUCCGCCGUCUUCGACGCCAUCCGCGCCAACACCUUCGGCGACGCAAACUCCUUCUCGGCAAUCAUCGACUCGAUCACCCAGCAUGGCGACUACUACCUGGUCUCCGACGAUUUCAACUCCUACGUCAAGACGCAUGAUAUCAUUGACGAGGCCUUCAAGGACAAGGACGGAUGGGUUGAGAAGAGCAUUCUGAGCGUUGCCAGGAUGGGUUUCUUCUCGUCUGAUCGUUCUAUUGCCGAGUAUGCCGAGGGUAUUUGGAACAUCGAGCCUUUGGACGUUACCAAGUAA